CAACUCUACUCCGUGAAAGCAAAAUCAACCAGACUAUCGUGAACCCGGAACUCAGAGAUUUCUUACUACACUACAUAUUAUACCAUCAUGCCAUCAUCAGUAAAGAACCACGGUGCUUCUGUGGAAGCCGCAAUUCCCCACAAGGUCUCCUCCGCCAAAAAGGCAACGGCCGCUAAGGUUGACGAACGGAAAUCGCAAGCGACGCUCAAGAAGGUGUCCUCAGCCACAGCCGCUGCUAAGGACAACGUCUCGACCAAAGACCACGCUACCACCACGCCGGUAACAAACAAGGUCUCUUCCUCCACACACAAACCCACAGCAUCGGCAUCAAAGCCUGCGGCAUCAGCCUCGAAGACUGCAUCGUCUGCUUCGAAACCAGCCACAUCUUCAGCACACAGGACCGCGGAUCACGCAUCCAAGACCGCCUCAUCUUCCGCACAAAGAACAGCCAACCAUGCUUCAAAGACGGCCAAGUCAGCAUCGCACACGGCCAGCAAGGCCGCCAGCGGCAGCAGCGGCGCAGAUAUUGUGAAGAAGAUGCAGGAGAAGAACACUGCUCAGUACACACAAGCCACCGGUUCGGACAUUGUGAAGAGAAUCCAAGCCCGCAAGGCCGCCGCCGCAAAGGAGGCUGCCAGGAAGGAAGCGGCAGCAGCCCGAACUCACGAAGACAACUUGCCCAAGAAGAAGCCCGCAGUCGCCGCGGCACCACAGGCUGUGCCCAGAGCUCCUGUUACAGUACCCAAGGCUACCCCAGUCAAGAAGCAAGCCGCCCCUAUUCCCGCACCCGCGGUCAGAAAUGUCUCUGCUGCUACCACCAGCCCAGCCAAGGUCGCGAAGAAGGAGAAGGUCUACGCGCCUGGUGCUCUUGUGCCAACUGCAGAGCUCGAAGCCAGGAAGGCCAAGGCUGCUACGCCCAAGAAGGAGAAGCAGUACCACGCUAGCGCCCUCACUCCCACACAUGAGAUUGAGACUAGGCGCGCCGCGAAGAAGGCUCAGGCCGGUGGACCUGUGGGACAGGUCACCGAUACCAUUGGCAAGACCGUCGGAGGUGUCGACAAGACCGCCGGUGGAGUUGUGGGAACUGCUGGCCGGACCGUUGGCGGCGUCGGACGAACGGCCGGCGGCAUUGUCGAUGGUGUCGGCAAAUCGGCUGGCGGAACCGUUGACGGUCUCGGUAGGACCGUCGGCGGUGUCACCAGCGGCCUCGGCAAGCAGGUCGGUGGUACCGUGGGAGGUCCCCUCGGUAAGGGUGUCCAGGGCGCCACUGACGGCCUCGGAAAGACUGUUGGCGGAGCUACCAGCGGUGUUGGUAAUACCUUGGGCGCCGCGACAGGUGGCCUGAACAAGACACUGGGUGACACCACCGGUGCUCUCGGCCGAGGAGAUUUGAUGGGCACCGUCGGCGGUGUCACUGGCGGAGUUGGAGAUACUGUUGGAGGCGUUGGCAAGGGAUUGGGUGACACUGUCGGCGGUACUCUAGGAGGUGUAGGUACCACAGUUGGCGGACCGGUCGGCGGCAUCGUCGGCGGCGUCGGCAAGGGUGCCGGCGACGCGGUGACCGGUAUCACCGGAGGACUGGGCAAGGGAGUCGGCAGGCUCGGCAAAGGCGAUGUCCUCGGUGGUGUUGGCGAAGUCGUUGGAGGAGUCGGUGAUGGUGUCGGCGGCCUUCUGGGAGGUGUGCUCGGUGGUCUUGGAGGCGGAGGCCAGGAGAACAGCGGUGGCCUGCUUGGAGGCGUGCUUGGUGGAGGUGGUGAUGGUAAGGAUGGCGGCGGUGGUGGCGGCGGUCUGCUGGGACUUUGAUUUGCUAUCGACGAGCAACGUGUAUCAAGUUUGUAAUAUCAUUUGGACGAUUAUGAGGGAAAAGAGGCAAGAGAUCGCGUACUACUUCCUGGACAAUUGUAAAACAGGCAACAAAUGGGGAAACAAGUUUGAAUAAUAUGAUUUCGUUCACAACCG